AUGGGUAAGAGUUGGAUAGUGAAGCCUCAUACUUCACUUGAGUAUAAGAAAGAGCUACAAAUAUUUUUAGACUUUGAAUUUGCUAAUGUGUCUUCUAAUGAUAUGAUUAAAUGUCCUUGUUCUAGUUCUGGGUUCAAACUAUCUCAAACAAGAGCAGAGGUGUUCGAUCACUUGUUGCUUAGCCCUUUUCCGACAGGUUACACUGUUUGGUUAUUAAAUGGUGAGAAGGAUGUAGGAGAAACUUCAGACACUAGACAUGAUAGUCAACAUAUUGAAGCUCGUGAUGAUACGAUGCAAGACAUGGUUAAUGAUGUUUUCAAGUACUUCUAUGGAAAACUUGCUGACCAAGAACAUGUCACGUCACAUGGACCAGUAACUGAAGGCGAAAAUAGACUGUUGCCUUUACCUGAUGGUCCAAAUGAUAAAGCUAAAGAGUUUUAUGAGUUAAUGAGGGAUGGGGAACAAGAACUUUAUCAAGGGUGUUUGAAAUACUCAAAGCUGUCUUUUCUUGUGAGCCUUUAUCACAUUAAGUACAUGUGUGGGAUGAGUGGUAAGACCAUGACAAUGAUAAUAGAGCUACUCCAUGAUGCCUUUGAGAAUGCAAAGAUCUCUAAAUCAUUCUAUAAGGCUAAGGAAACUAUUAAAAAACUUGGUCUUAGUUAUAAGAAAAUAGAUACACGUACAAAUGAUUGCAUUAAUCUUGAAGCAAAUAAAAAGAAGAAACUGCAACCUGCAAAAGUCCUUCGCUUUUUUCCUCUAAUUCCACAACUGCAAAGGCUGUUCAUGUCUAGUAAGACAUCCACUGAUAUGAGAUGGCAUAGUGUCUAUUGCCAUAAGGAUGGUUUAUUGAGGCAUCCAAGAGAUGCUGAAGCAUGGAAAAAAUUUGACUCCACAUUCCCUAAAUUUUCUCAAGAUCCAUGUAAAGUUCGUCUUGCCUUAUUGAGUGAUGGGUUCAAUCCUUUCGAAAAUAUAAGCACUAAUCACAACAUUUGGUCAGUGGUUCUCAUUUUGUACAACAUUCCUCCUAGGGUAUGCAUGAAGCAGUCUAAUUUCAUCCUUUCAAUGAUAAUUCCAGGUGAGUUAAUGCUAGGGAAUGACUUUGAUGUUAACUUACAACCUUUGAUUGAUGAAUUGAAGGAGUUGUGGGAUGGUGUUCAUACAUUUGAUGCUUUGUCAAAUGAAACUUUCAAAAUGAGAGCAACAUUUAUGUGGACAAUUAGUGAUUUUUCAGGAUAUGGUAUUCUGUCUGGAAAAACGCCAAAAACUGAAGUUAAAGAGAAAAAUGAAGACGUGGGAAACAAAAUAUCCAAAGUGAUUAUGCACGGUAGAAAAAAGUAUAUUGAACUUCCGUAUUGGGAGUUUAACUCAUUGGAUCACAGUAUUGAUGCAAUGCAUAUUGAGAAAAAUGUGUGUGACAAUGUGAUAAAUACUUUGCUCAUUGAAACUGGAAAGUCAAAAGAUCAUGUUAAUGCUCGAAAAGAUCUACAAUCAAUGGGCAUAAAAUCUGAUCGUUGGCCUAAUGAGCAUGGAGAUUAUCCCUCUGCUAUUUUUACUAUGACAAAUGAACGUAAAGACUUUUUUAAGGACUUUAAUGAAGGUGGUUGUUCCAGGUGGUUACUCAAGCAAUAUCUCGAGAUGUGUUGA